GCAAUAGUAAUAGAAUUAGUCGUCGUUGUUUCUUAAGGUAGGAUUCCCAAAUCCGAAGCCGGUUUCUCCAAAAACUGGCUUCUGUUUCUUGCCUAUAAAUAGAUUACCCAUCAAAAGCCCUCUUCUUCAUCUCUAUCACACGGUCACUUGCUUACAAAUCUCACUGUCAGUUCCUUUCUUUUCUGUUAUUUUAAGGUGGGUUAAUUAGUCACACUAGUCAGCUUUCUCUUUUCAUUUUUCAGUUGUCUUUCUUUAUUUCUUACACACACAUGCAAAAAAUAAAAUUAAACGACAUCGUGAAUGGUGAUUGACUGUAAAUGUUUUCGACAGAAAUAUUUCAUGUCUCCCCCUGAAAUGGCAAUGACAAACGGUGAAGCAAAAGAAACUGACGAGUUCCAGAAAGGAGUAAGGCAUCUUCUUGAGAAUGGAGUUAGAAAACUUCCUAGUAAGUAUGUAUUGCCGUUAUCUGAUCGACCCAUUGUGGAUAAAGAGCAGCUAACUGUGGCUAAAUCUAGUCUUAAACUGCCCAUAAUCGAUUUUGCUGAAUUACAAGGCCCGAACCGGUCCCAAAUCCUCAACUCCCUCUCCUCUGCUUGUGAAGAAUAUGGGUUUUUUCAGGUAGUGAAUCAUGGGAUCCCCAUUGAAGUUAUAAGAAACAUGAUUGACGUGAGCGCCAGGUUCUUCAAUCUCCCAUACGAGGAAAGAUCCAAGUACAUGUCUUCCGACAUGGCCGCACCUGUUCGAUAUGGAACAAGCUUGAAUCAGAACAAAGAUGCUGUGUUUUGUUGGAGAGACUUCUUGAAGCUUGUCUGCCAUCCAUUGUCUGAUGUUGUCUCUCAUUGGCCUUCUUCUCCCGUGGACUUCAGGGAAUCAGUGGCCACCUACGCAAAAGAAACAAAAUACUUGUUUCUAAGAAUAAUGGAGGCCAUCCUAGAGAGCUUGGGCCUGUGGGGUGCCACCAAAGAUGACAGGACACCAGAAAAUGAUGAAAUCCUCAAGCAAUUGGAUGGUGGAAGCCAGCUAAUGGUGGUUAACUGUUUCCCUCCAUGCCCUGAACCUGACCUCACAUUAGGAAUGCCACCACACUCGGAUUAUGGAUUCUUAACCCUUCUUCUCCAAGAUGAUGUUGAAGGUUUACAGAUUCAAUACAAAGGAGAAUGGAUCACCGUUGAACCAAUGCAAAAUUCUUUUGUUGUCAACAUUGGUGAUCACCUUGAGAUAUUUAGCAACGGCAGAUACAAAAGUGUGUUGCAUAGAGUUAUUGUGAAUCCUGCUAAGCUUCGGCUAUCAGUGGCCUUAUUGCAUAGCCUACCUUUCGAUUACAUGGUUAGACCGUCGCCGAAACUAAUUGACGACGCUAAUCCAAGGCGCUACAAAGAUACAGAUUUUGCCACUUUUCUCCAUUACAUCUCAACCUGUGAGCCCAAGAAAAAAAACUUCUUGGAGUCUAGGAAAUUUACCUGACUACUUCCUUUUGUACAACAUCUAUAUUAAUAAAUUGGAUUAUGUCCCCCGUGAUGGUAUUACUUGAA